ACCCUUUGGAGACUUGAACAUUAUUACUUUUUUCUUAUUGAUAAACACAAGACGCAAAGAUUGAGUAAUCUGCAGUCACACAACUAAAUGGCAGAAGUAGGCCUGUAAUCCAGGGCUCCUGAUUCUAACCUGUGGAUUUACUGAGAUUGUCUUCCAUCCCCUCCAGAGAGGUGCACCUGGGCCUUGUCUUCCUCAGGUUAUCAACUGAGUAGUUUAAAUGGAUUUAAAGUUAGCGAAGGUCAACCUCCGCUAGGCGCAUGCGUUCCUUGCUUUUCCCACGGGGUAAGAGACACCACCUCGCUUCCUUCCGCUUUGCGUUUCUUUUGGCCCCAGCGACUCGCCGUCGCUCGGGAGGAGGCGUUCACUAGAUGAAGUGAUGGCGACUGGGACGCCAGAUUCUCAAGCGCGAUUCGGUCAGUCUGUGAAGGGGCUCCUCACAGAGAAGGUGAACACCUGUGGUACGGACGUCAUCGCGCUCACUAAGCAGGUGCUGAAGGGCUCCCGAAGCUCCGAGGAACAGGGUGCGACAAUAGGCCAGAAACUUCUGUCGAUCUCCUCUUGGCUCUCAGUGCCCACUGAGUCACAUCUUUGUAGCCACAGGCCACCCACCCAAAUCAGAGCUCAGCUUUUGUGCUGUCAGGGUCCAGCUAUCAGCUGCUGGGUCAGGCAGCCCGCAACAUGGUACUACAGGAAGAUGCCAUCUUGCACUCAGAAGAUGCAAGAAGCUAUUCAGAAGAAGUAAGUAACCCCAAAGUGUUGAGCAGUCUUCUGAUCUACAGGACCAGCUGAAUCAUCUGCUGAAAUAGUGCAGCUUGUAAGGGGGCAAAAGCACUUCUGUGCCGACACUGAGAAGGAAAUCUUUUACUUAACCACUGUGCUAUGGGUUUGACUUUCCAUUUUCUUCUCCAAAAGUUAAGUUAGAACAGAUUUGUGAUGGUGUAUAAUUCCUCCUGGAAGAAGCUAGGUGGUUGAAUUUUGGAAGUACUUCUUGAAGCAGAGUAACCCAUGGUCUUAUUGAAUUUUUUAAUUGCUCUGUUUAGUUUGAUGUUAAAGUAAAAUUAAAAGAGGUCUUAGUUUUUCCCCUAGAAUUUUCAUAUGUCAAAAGCCACAUCAACUAAAUAUGAUCCUUAAGCAAAUACUGAAUAAUGUUUUAAAUUCAGAAUUAGGGAUUCUGUUGUGAAAACAUAGGACUAAUUAAUAUUCUUUUUUAAAGACUUUUUUUCUUUUAAUCAUACAUUCAGAAAUGGUAAUAGGUAAUACCUGUUCUUUCCCUUCCCUUCCCUUCCCUUCCCUUCCCUUCCCUUCCCUUCCCUUCCCUUCCCUUCCCACUCAGAGGAAAUAUUUAUUUUAUUCAUUGUAGCAAAUUCCUGAAAGAAAGGUAGGCAAAUGGUAUCAUAUCUGGCCAGCUGCAGUCUCCUCCCUUGACUUGUAUUCCUAGAGUUUCUUUGUUAUUACUUUUGAUUAAUUGGCGUUGGGUUCAUGUAAAAAUUUUGCUAGUCAUCAGCAAAUUCACUUGUAGAACAUUACUGCCAAAUGCAAAGGCAGUUGAAUUACUGGGAAUGAUUGCAGCAUAGGGUCCUGCCAUGGUGAAAACCUUAUGUUUUCAGAUACUUACCCAUGUUUAUUUAACUCAUCUUACUAAAAGGCAUUGCCUUUGAAUGUCUUUGCUUUGUUUGAAUUUUAAAUGGGACUCUAUCAUGUUCUAGUUAGUUCUUCACUAAGGAAUUGGGAGAAAGCUGACAGGAAACUGGUGUCUUCACUAAAAGAAAAAAAAAGCAAAUAAGAGUCCAAUUUAAUUCAUAUUGUAUAUCGAGCCAGCUAAUCAUAUUAGACUGUAUUUAUUCCUCAUUUUACCUAUACACAUUAAUUUAAAGUAAAAGAAAAAAAACUAGAUAUGAAGGAA